AUGGAGAAAGGAAAUGAGCAUGCGUCUCCUAUAACACCGAUGACCACAGAUGCUUCCUCAAAUCCACCCACCCAGGUGAUACCAAUUUUGCCCUUUGUAAUGGAUUUCUCAAACUAUAUGCAUGGGCACCAUCCACCAUUGGGGUAUUCGUGGUUACCACCACCCUUUCUGGAUCGUCCUGAUACCAACCCAUAUACAUGGACUAGUCAGGGAAACCCACGACCUCCAACAUAUUCAUCACUUAGCCCUCCGAUUGAUUUACACUCCGCAAGUUCAAGUAAUGUUGAUGAAAGUGAAGAUGCCAUGCCUGCCUCUACGCCCCAUGGUAUUGAUACUGUGCAUAUCGAGUUAGGCGAUACUGUUCAUACCGAGGGGGUCGAUACUGUGCAUAUCGAGGGGGUCGAUAUUGUUCAUACCAAGGGGGUUGAUACUGUGCAUACCGACGGGAAUGAUAUCGUUGAGGAGCCGAAAUUGGAUAUGGUGUUUAAUUCUGAGGAGGAGUUACUUGGUUAUUAUAAAAGAUAUGGGCAACAGUGCUGUUUCGGGGUAAUGACACAAAAGAGUCACAGACUUGAGGAUGGGAGCCUUAGAUAUGUGACAUUGGGUUGUGCCCGUGGUGGGAAGGCUCGGAAUCAUACGUCAAAUGUCAUUAGGCCACGUCCGACUUCAAAGACUGACUGUAAGGUUAGGAUAAAUGCUACGUUAGAAAAAAGGGUGUUGAAGGUGUCGAGUGUGUACAAUCACCAUAAUCACGGCUUAAGUCCCCAAAAGUCGAGAUUCUUUUGCUGCAAUAGAGAAGUGAGUGAAUCUGUUAAAAGAGUGUUAGAUAUAAAUGAUCAAGCUGGGAUUAGAAUGAACAAGAGUUUCGGCUCUCUUGUUCAAGAAGCAGGUGGGUUUGAAAACUUACCAUUCAAUGAAAAAGAUUGUCGGAAUUAUAUAGACAAGGCACGGCAUCUUCGACUUGGGAAAGGAGGUGCUGGAGCCCUCUGUGAGUAUUUUGCCAGGAUGCAAUAUAAGAAUGAUGGAUUCUUUUCAUUAAUGGAUAUGGACGAUGAUGGACGAUUGAAGAAUGUAUUUUGGGCGGAUGCACGAAGUAGGGCAGCCUACAAAUAUUUUGGUGAUGUCGUCACGUUCGACACGACGUAUUUGACAAACAGAUAUGGGAUGCCGUUUGCACUGUUUACUUGGUUGAACUGUAUGGAUGGUGAAGCUCCAAAGGCUAUUAUCACGGAUCAGGACAGAGCCAUGAAAAAUGCAAUUGCGCUGGUCUUUCCAAAUUGCCGACACUGGUUCUGCUUAUGGCACAUAUUGAAAAAAUUAUCUGAGAAGCUAGGUGCACAUGGUGCAUACAAAACAGGGUUGAAAUCUAAGUUGCUCAACUGUGUGUAUGACUCUCAAACAAUACAGGACUUUGAGAGUUCUUGGGAUGUGUUAAUUUCCAAGUACAACUUGCAAGAGAAUAUUUGGUUGAAGAGCUUAUAUGCUGAGCGUAUGUGUUGGGCUCCAGUAUUCAUGAAAGAUGUUUUCUGGGCGGGAAUGAGUACAACCCAACGAAGCAAAAGCAUGAAUGCUUUUUUUGAUGGAUAUGUUCAUGCCAAAACAAACUUAAAAGAGUUUGUUGAUCAGUUCGAUAAUGCGCUGAGGAAGAAGAUUGAGAAUGAAAAUGCGUCGGACUUCCAAUUAUUCAACGUCACUAUUCCUGUUGUCUCUCCCUCUUCACUUGAGAAGAUAUUUCAGAAUAUCUACACUUGCAACAAAUUUAGAGAAGUUAAAAAAGAAAUCAUAGGGAUGCUUGCAACUCUUUUCACUUUACACCGAAAGGAUGGGGUAAUUGCAACAUACCUUGUAAAAGAUGAAGUGGAUGUUGAUGGUUUCAUCAAGGAGGUGACCCACAAGGUAUACUUUAAUGAGGCGGAGUGCGAGGUGAAGUGUUCAUGUGCCUUGUUCGAGAUGAGAGGCAUAUUGUGUAGACAUAUAUUAGCCAUUAUGAGAGUUAACAAAGUCCGUUCAGUGCCAGAAAAGUAUAUACUAGAUCGAUGGCGGAAAGAUAUUAAAAGGACAUACACUCUUAUACGAAGUAGUUAUGACAUGGUUGAUCAGAGGCCUGAAGUUAAAAGGUGUUCCCGUAUCAUCAAGAAAUGCUACGAAGUAGCCACAAAUGCUGCUUCAUGUGAUGAGCAUACUGAGGACAUGGUAGUUUAG